GGAAUAUUGUGACAGUGUGGGAUACUAGUUUGUGUUUAUUUAAAAUGUUUCGUUACACUUUAUUCGUGAUGAUUAUCAAAGUUGUUAUAGCUGCUUCAAAUGAAACUGCUUCAGUACGAUUAGAGCCCCUUACAAAAUAUAAAAUUGUUGAGUUAACUGAAAUGGCAGAAUUAUGUGGCCAUUUGGAGCUAUCAGAAUCCGAAGAUGAAAAAUUAAAGAAAACGGCCCUUUGUAAUCUUGAAACGAAAUCAAUAGAUGGGAAAAUGUACAUCAGUGCUUCCAGUGUCUGCAAAUGUGUUGGGUUUGAAACUAAUCUUAUAAACAAAACAAAGCUGACGCACGAUGAAAGAAAUCACACAGAUUAUACAGAUACUCCUCUUAGUACUACAGUUUCAAGAUCAGAUGUUAAUACUAGUAGUACCAGUGUAAACGACACUGUACUAUCAAGUGAAAUAAGUACUAAUAUCGAUUCAACAACAGAUUUUACAUUUGAGACUCCAUAUCCGAUCACAAUAAGCGAAGUGAUGACUUUGCAUGAUACCACAUGGAAUACAACCAACCCUACGGAUUACACCGAAGAAUUGAGUGACGAAACUCCAUAUGAAGAAACUGAUGUAUGGUUGAUAGACUUAAUUUUAAUAUUUAAUACUACGACAACAGAUUCAAUGUUUGCGACUACCUAUCAAAAUAAAACAAGCGAGGUGGCUGAUGUGACAUUGAAUACAACCAUUGACACUAUUAAUUAUACUGAAAUAUUGACUGAUAAAACUCCACACGAUGAAACUGACCUGAAAGAGGUGAUUUUGACUACUUACCGAAAUAAUAAAACAAGCGAAGCUUUUGAUGUGGAUAAUACAACAAUAAAUACAACCAAGAGCACUAUUGAUUACACUGAUGAAUUAAACUAUACAACUUUGCAUAAUAAGAUGGGUUUAUUUUCAAAACGGGAAAUUUUGACAACUAUUGCUACGAUAACAGAUACGACAGUUGAGACAGCACAUGAAAAUAAAACAAGCAAACUGAUUGCUUUAGAUUAUACGACGCUAAAAACAACCAACAACACUUUUGAUAAACUCAAUGAUACAACUUCGCAUAAUCGAACUGAUCUAUUGUCGAAAGAGGAAAUUUUAACAACGAUUGCUGCAUUAACAGAUACGAUAGUUGAGACUACGCCAUAUGAAAAUAAAACAAGCAAACUGAUUGCUUUGGAUUAUACAACUAACGUCACUGUUAUUUAUGGUGAUGAAUUAAGUGAUAAAACAUUGGUUGAUGAAAUUGACGCAAGGACAAAAGAGGAAACUUCGAAAACUAAUGCCGCCAUUUCAAAUACGACAAGUAAGAUUAUGUUGCUCCUCGAUGACGAAUUAAGUUAUACAGAUGAUAAGUAUAUGGAAUUAGCUAAGGAUAUGUUAGAACAAUAUCAUGCCAUGCAAAACGCAACUUCUGAUAUUUUUACAAAAGACUCAGAAGAAAGUUAUCACAGUUCUUUUAAAUCAGAGAGUGUUACAAACUAUGGAAAAAACACAGAAUGGUGGAAUAAGUAUACUUCAAAACAACCAUACAAAAUAUCUAAAUCUGCACCAGAUACAAAUAACGAUAGUGAAGAGUCUCAUACAACCCUUACAAGUUUUGCCAAGAAUAAUGAUGAUGAAAUUAGUACAAAGAUAAUUAAAGAAUGGAAAGAUGGUUCAGGAGAUGGAUCCAAUUUAGUUGAUGACGAUGAUUUUAAUGAACGUGCGAGUGAUUCAAAAACUGAUGAUACCUUGAAUACUCCGACGGACACAACAUUAUCACAAAAGAACAGUAAUAUCGGGUACGGUGAACGUACGAGUGAUUCAAUAACUGGUGAUACCUUAAAUACUCCGACGGAAGCAACAUUAUCACAAAACAACAAUAAUAUUCGGUACGGCAUUAUUGCGCUCCUUGUCUUUCUUUUGGCUGGGCUAGCCUUAGUUGUCCACUUGUGGUGUCAUAAAAGAGGCUCAUACAAUUUAAAUGCGGCUAAUAGUAGUAAUAUAGAAAUGGCUUCAAAGUAAGGAACUAUGACAUCUUUCUAGGAAUAAAGCCAUAUUGGAAAACUUUGAACAACUUAAUUUGUGACGAAUUACAUUUAUUUAUUUUUAAUUUUAUUAUUGUGAGGUGGUCUUAUUAUUAAAUGGUCUCUAAAACCGCUCGUCUGCCCGCCCUGAGUUUGACCAUGAUUCGCACGGGCGCUGUCGCCCACUCGGUGGCGCGGUGAUUUAUUGCAAAUGGCGUGAAAGCGAAAACGCCCGUAAAACGCGGCGUUUACUGCGCGUUCGAUUGCUUCAUGUGUAAAUGCCUUUACGCAUCGUUGUGAUUGCCUUUGAUUGUGUAUUUUGUAAACAUCGAUGAUUUGAUUUUUAUAGUUUUGAAUAGGAAAUCGACUGAAAUUAUAAGUUUGAUAAUGUCUAA